AGAAGCCCUUUAAUAAGAACACGCAGUUUCCUAUUUAAGCCCUAGGACUAAAAUAAAAUAUGCCACUUUUUUCAUACAAUUUGAAAAACCUUCUUUUUAAUCCUUAGCAAAGUUUUACGCAGCAGUUAUUUAUUCCGCUCUGUGGAGUUACGUGUAUUCGAUCUACCUAUUCCUUCAGUUAUCAGUGGUACAAAAUUUCUUACGCAACCGAAAACUUCCGUGCCCUCUGCUCACUUUCUCCAUCAAUGUCUGCAGCAAUGGGGACGCCAUCCAUUCAACGAGGCCUGGUAGAUUUAGUAGAAUUCGUAGAAUGGCCCGGAGUGGAAUGCCUUAAUCAGAACCCUGCACAUUCCCUCGUCAAUGCAUUAAAACAGGGGUACAGGGAAGAUGAUGGGCUUUUUCUUGAAAGCGAUUCGGAUGAACAGCUCUUAAUCUAUUUACCUUUUACACAAGUUGUUAAAUUACAUUCUUUGGUGAUCAAAGGUGGUCUUGAAGAAGGUCCCAAGACAGUGAAACUCUUUGCAAACAAGGAACAUAUGGGUUUUAGCAAUGUGAAUGAUUUUCCUGCAAGUGAUACUGUAGUUUUGUCACCAGAUAAUCUAGAGGGAAAACCAGCUGCCUUAAAGUACGUGAAAUUCCAGAAUGUUCGCAGUUUGACCAUAUUUGUUGAGGACAAUCAAGGUGAUGCUGAUGUUACUAAAGUUCAGAAGCUUCUUCUUUAUGGUACCACGGUGGAAACUACAAAUAUGAAGGAGCUAAAGAAGAUUAAUGAAGACCAAUAGAUGCCAGAAAAGAUUUAUAUUGUAAUCUUAUUUGUGUAUGUUUCAUUCAUAUAUUUCUAAUUUGAUCUCAAACCCUUGUAAAGGAUUUUAAUCAGAGUGCAAUAUAUGAAUUUACGUAUAACUUUUCAUUUAGCUUGUUACCAUUCCAAAAUUUUGUGUAACAAUGGCAACGUGCCAAUACUAGAAGAAAGAAAUUGCCAUUAGUAUACACAGCCUUGGAAACUGCAAAGCUUUGUGAUGGAUAGCAUAAUGGAAACAUAUCAUAUCAUCUGAAUAUUUUGCAUAUGCUUUCAAAAAUAUUAUCCCUUUUGAGGUCUGA